AUGACCAACGCUGCCGUAGACCUGGGCAUCGACGUCUCGCGCCGCAACCGUCGGCCCCGCCCCCUCUCUGAGCCCGAACGCUCCAAGCUGGAGGAGUUCAUCGACAGCAUACACUAUUCCGCCCGCUACUCCGACGACGAGAACGAAUACCGCCACGUCCAGCUCCCCAAGCAGAUGCUGAAGGCCAUCCCGAAAGACUACUUCGACCAGCGCGGCACGCUCAAGCUGUUGUGGGAGGAGGAAUGGCGCGCCCUGGGCAUCACGCAGAGUUUGGGCUGGGAGCAUUACGAGGUGCAUGAGCCGGAGCCGCAUAUCCUACUAUUCAAGUGA